AUGAAGAAAACUUUUCAUAAACAAUUAAUAAUACCAAGUAAUUAGAAAAUAAAUAGUUAUAAAAUAUAUGUUCCAGAAUUAAAAAUAUUUAUAAAUUACAUAGAAAAUAUGCUUAUAUCAUUUAAAAAUCGAUUUAAUGAAAAAUUAGAAGAUUUAAAUAAUUCAUAUUGUUAAGUUAAAAUAGCCAUAGUUUAUGAAAAUAAUCAGAGCGAAUGA